GCCCCGCGGCGGCGCCGACGGCCCCGUGGGCUUCGCGGAGAAGCAGGUUCCGGACGGGGGCGUCCAGGAGAGCGACCGCAUCCUGGUGGAGAAGCGGUGUUGGGAUGUGGCGCUGGCACCGCUCAAGCAGCUGCCCAUGAACCUGUUCAUCAUGUACAUGGCGGGAAACACCAUCUCCAUCUUCCCCGCCAUG